AUUUGUUACGUUGUUGCUAAAAUGAGCAAUUAGUAAAAUAAUAUAAUAAUAUAAAUAAACAUGCAGUGUCUGGUAAGGCAAUCUCAACGUUUGAGCUACUGGCUACCAGCAGCGCAAAUUCACACGACUGCCGUGCAGCGCACGUUCUGGGAACGUGAAAAGAAAUCUGGCUACAAAACCAAACUGCCGGAGCCAUCAAAGAAACAGCUCAUAAUCGAUGGACUACGCGAUUUAAAGGCAGAAAUGAAACUCUGGCGUGAGGAGGUUACGGAACAAUUAACGAGCGAUCCUAUACUAGUAUUUAGACCAGGUGAAAUCGAUGUGGCGUUUGAUUUUAAAGCACCCGAUGUGCUAGAAAAGUGGACUGUAACUACGGAUGCAGAUCAUGGCGAGGGUAAAAGUAAUGCCACACUAGAGCUCAGUGCUUCAGGCGCGGGCCUCUUUCACGGGGAGGUUAGCUCCCAACACACUAAGGAUGGCAUCAUAAAACGCACGGGAUACGCAAAUAUACGCACCAAACGUGUGCGGAAAUCAUUUAAGCGUGAGACCACUUACGACUGGACACAGUAUAACAUGCUUGUGCUUAAGGUACGAGGCGAUGGACGCAGCUACCUGAUAAAUCUACACACUGAAGGUUACUUCGAUCUAAUGUGGAAUGAUAUUUUUCAUUAUGUGCUUUAUACGCGCGGUGGGCCGCAUUGGCAAAUAGCCAAGAUACCUUUCUCCAAAUUCUUCUUGUCUUCCAAGGGACGCAUACAGGAUCGUCAAAGCCCCAUACCUCUUAAUUGUAUAACACAUUUUGGUUUUUCUGUGGCAGCUAAAAAAGGAAUGGACGGUCCGUUUGGCUUGGAAAUCCAUUAUGUUGGCUUAGAAUAUGAUCCAAGCCAUCAAGAAGAAUUUGCCUACGAAAUGUACAAGACGCCAAAAUACAUUGUAGCCACGUAAAACGAAAUGUUAUUUAAUUGUAAGAAAUGGAGCGAUAUAAAUGCAAAAGCAGUUUGUUUUGUUUGCCUCUCGCUCACUCCCUUUGUGACUAAACAUAUGAUUUUACGCUCUCAAA